GCACACCUCAUGUCAGUUCAUGAUGGGUCCUAGAUCCGAUUUGAGUGGAAUUCUUCGGCAAAUGCCGAUAACAUUACAUUGUUGCACUGAAGAACACAGAUGACGGGCGAAAACAUCUAAUAAUUACUGUAAUUUAAAUUCUAAAUUAUAUUGUUUUUGUAUGUAGCAGGUUUCUAUAUUUUGAAAUAUUUUAGAAUAUUCUACCAUCUAAUGCCAAACAGAUUGCACACUACUUAGUAUUUGACAAUAUUACAAUGGCUGAUGACGGUUUCUACAUGUGUAGGGCGUCGAAUGAAGUAGGGGAGGAUAUUCAAGUAGUUCAUGUCAUGGUCAAGGCUAGACCAUCUAGACAACAUACGGCACCAAGCAUUUCGGCACCUUCAGUCGUCCAGGCUAAUUAUUAUACACCAGUUAACCUCACAUGUACAGUCACUGGAUACCCUGUACCAAAUGUUACAUGGACAUACAAAUACCAACAGAAUGCAAUAAUGGCGUUUGGAAAAGCUUUACACAUACUUCAAGCCACGAAUGCCACGGAAGGAGUUUAUACGUGUACAGCUACAAAUGAUGUUGGUACUAGCAAAGCAGAUGUGACACUUAAAGUUGUUCACGGUGUUCCAAGAAUAACCAAUCCACCAAAAUCAUCACUUAACCGUGCAGGAAUUGACGGCAGCUUCACGUGUCAAGCUGAUGGGGUUCCCAAACCAACCGUCACUUGGACCUUCCAACCAUUUGGCCAAGCAGGUAAUACUUUGGGUGUACGACAAGGAUCCCAGAUAACAAUUACAAAUAUGCAACAGUCUGGAAUAUUGACCUGCAUCGCUACGAAUGAGUUUGGGACUGAGAGAGCACAGGCAAAUAUCAUCAUCAGUAAAGGUGGUGCAAGUGUGGUUGGUUGAACAUAGUGAUACCAUUGAAAUAAAUUGAUAUCAUUAUUUUUUUUUAA